AUACUGCAGCUGUCCAUGGUUGUGUUUGGUGGGUGCGCGCGGUUCUCUGGGAUGCGACCAUAAUCACAUACCGUUAUUAUAUCUCUCUGGAUCAUUUCCCUAUACAGUGCAUCAAAACCGACUACAAGAGAUUGUGAAGGACGUGAGGCAUCAUGGCAGCUCAUGAACAGGCAAGACAGCGCUCACUCUCCACCUCUGGUGAAUCACUCUACAUUGUGCUUGGCAUUGACAAGCUAGCCACUCCCGACGAUAUCAAGAAAUCCUACAGAAAACUUGCGUUGAAAUUCCACCCUGAUAAGAACCCAGAUAACCCGGAAGCUUCUGACAAGUUUAAGGAGAUCAACAAUGCCCAUGCCAUUCUGAACGACCCCACCAAGCGGAACAUCUAUGACAAGUACGGCUCCCUGGGACUGUACGUGGCUGAGCAGUUUGGCGAGGAGAAUGUCAACACCUACUUUGUUCUGUCCAGCUGGUGGGCUAAGGCGUUGUUUGUGUUCUGUGGCCUGGCCACUGGCUGCUACUUCUGCUGUUGCCUGUGUUGUUGCUGUAACUGCUGUUGUGGAAAGUGUAAACCGCGGCCCCCAGAGGGCCAGGAGCCCGACUUCUAUGUGUCCCCUGAGGACCUGGAGGCCCAGAUGCAGUCUGACGAGAGAGAGGCUGGCGGUGAAGCCAUCUUGGUGCAGCCAUCAGCGACAGAGACCACCCAGCUGACGUCAGAUGGUCACCAUUCCACCUACCAGACCGACAUGGGCUUCAACUAAACCCCACCCCUGUCCUGGCCUGUGGCCCUGCCUGCUACCCUGCUCCACCUUAAAAGGAUGAGAGGGGCAAUCUGUUUAAACUUCACUAAGAGCGCCAUGUCCUGGAGAGGAGAUGGAGAAGCGAGCUUGGCCUACAUACCAAACUCUUGAAGAUACCCCCCCUCCCUUUCCACCCUAUCCAGAGUGGUCCACUCCCGCCUCUAUGUAGGAAGAAAGAGAAAGAAAAUGUUUGCUUCCCUGCUGUUUGUUCUUUUGUAUUCUUUGGCGUUUGACCUCACAAUCCUCCAACCCCACAGUGCCCUUUCCAUAUUCAGUGUCAUGGUGUAUUAUUUUGUUUUAUUUUGUUGAAUGUGACAUUUGUUGUUUUUGGAGAAUUCUGUUGGUGCGUAGGUAUGUGCAAUAUGUACACUACCAUUCAAAAGUUUGGGGUCACUUAGAAAUGUCCUUGUUUUUGAAAGAAAAGCCAUUUUUUUG